GUAUGAGGCUAAUCGAUGUGGUGUGCGGAUGCGCAUCUCCCAGUCUGAUUUGAAGAAGCUGGAUUGCUAUGAUGAUUUGAUCGAGGAAGUCAUCGGCCUCCGCAAGAUAAGCGGGGGCGAGCUGCUGCGAGAACACCGGGAGUUGGAAGCUCGAUACAGCGAGCUCGAAAAGGAACACAAGAAGGUGAAGGCGAUGGCAGAACACUUGGGUACCAAGUGUGAUACCUUGGAGGCAGAGAAUUUAGAUCUGAGAAAAAUCCUGGAUCAACACAUGGACUUUCCAACACUCUUGCCAGUGAAGGUAGAAGCGGGUGACAAUUGA